CUUCCGGGUUCCGGCGCACGUGGGAUGGCGGGCGCGGAGGCGGCGGCGGCGGCGCUGUGGGGGGAGGCGCGGGCGGUGCUGCCGGGGGCGGAGGCGGACGUGGCGGCGGCGCUGGGGGCGCUGGAGGCGGAGGCGGGCCCGGUGCUGGCGCUGCUGCAGCGCGCGCGGGCGCUGGUGUACGAGGGCGGGGCGCCGCGGGCCGGGCCGCCGCGCGCGCGGGAGCUGGAGGCGCUGGGGCGCGCGGCCGGGGCGGCGGCGGACUACGCGUGGGAGCGGCUGCAGGCGCGCGCGUGGCGGGACGUGGAGCCGGGCUGGCGCCGCGCCUUCGCCCUCGCCUGCCUCUUCCGCGCGCUCGCGCUGCUGGGCCAGCCCGCCCGCGCCCUGCGCGCCUGCGACCGCGGCCUGCUGCUGGGCGCCGCCGUCCUCGACGGGGCCCUCGCCCGCCUCGCGCGCCUGCUGCAGCGCCGCCUGCCCCGCGCCCGCGCCCCCGCCCCGCCGCCGCCGCCCCCCAAGAGGAUGCGGAGCGACGCCGGCGCGGCCCCGGAGCUGGCGUCGGAGCCUGCCGUCCCGCGGCUCCGCUGCCCGUCUCUGGAGCGUUUCAGGGAGAGCCAUUUCAUCCCGCAGAAGCCCGUGGUGUUGGAGGGGGUCGUUGACCACUGGCCGUGUAUGAGGAAGUGGAGUGUGGAUUACCUCCGUGAAAUUGCUGGGUGGCGCACAGUCCCCGUGGAGCUAGGUUUGCGAUACACAGAUGAAGAAUGGUCUCAGGAACUCAUGACUGUGGAUGACUUCAUCAGUCAGUAUAUUGUGAACAAGAACAACGUUGGCUACCUUGCCCAGCACCAGCUGUUUGAUCAGAUCCCAGAAUUGAAGGAGGAUAUUAACAUCCCUGAUUAUUGCUGCCUGGGGGAAGGGGAAGAAGACCACAUCACCAUUAAUGCCUGGUUUGGCCCAGAAGGAACCAUCUCGCCUCUUCAUCAAGAUCCACAGCAAAAUUUCUUAGUCCAGGUAAUUGGAAGAAAAUAUAUCCGUCUGUAUUCUCCACAAGAAUCGGAAAACCUGUAUCCACAUGAAAGCCAAAUGCUUCACAACACCAGCCAGGUGGAUGUGGAAGAUCCCGAUCUAGUUAAGUUCCCCAGGUUUGAAAAGGCUGCCUUUCAGUCUUGUAUUCUGACACCGGGACAGAUUCUGUUUAUUCCAGUUAAAUAUUGGCAUUACGUACGAUCCCUCGAUAUCAGCUUCUCUGUCAGCUUCUGGUGGUCGUAACUGUGACGGGGGGGGGGGGGGGCAUAGACUCUCGAAAGUAAGGUAAGGAAGAGUACAGCCUGCUGCGUGCUUACUUAGGAAGACCAUUCUCUUUCAAAAGAGGGCUUUUGGAAGAAAUUGUGCUUGUUUUCUGCCCACAGCAUAGAGCUGAAGUAGAAACCCACACUUCUUGCUUCAGGCUCGGUGAGACAUCUAGACUAAAAAAACGAAAGCAGCAGCUACAACCGCCUGUUUGUUUUGUGGAUGUUCCUAGUACGGAUUCCUAAUAAAGAGCAUGCGUCGGAUCAUCCCCUCCUAUGUAUAUACAGUGAAAACAAGACUAUAUACGGGCAUCAAACAGGCAUUUCCCAGAGUGGAAAGAAAGGAGCAUGUGACUAAGUUGUUUACCCCCGUGUGCGGAUUUAAGAAUAGCCCUGGCUUUGACUAUGAUGGACAACACAUUUCUACAAAACCUCAGUAAAUAAGAGAGUUGCCAACCUAAAACAAGGUGACAUUUCUCCGUGCCGUAAAAACUACUUCUAGGAAGGCUGGAAGUACAGUCCAUUGUUGACUACAAUUCAGUUACAGCUCAGCUGCCCCGCUAAUGCUUUUCUUAUCUAUGAAAAAUGGAUUAUAUUCCUCACAUGGUAAUGGAUGGUUUCCUAGUGAACACUGUCUCUAUUGCAGUUCAUAGAAUAGUAGGGCUGGAAGGGACCUGUAAGAUCGUGUCCCCAUCUGCACCAGUAUCAAGGAAAACAGACAAUUUUAAUAUGAUUUUUAAAUAUAGCCACAGAAAAAGUAUUCGUAUUUAAAAUAUGAGCACUUCAGUCACCUCUCCUCUGCUGAUAUAACAAAAAUCCCGUUCGCUCAAGGAGUGGAUGGUGGACUAUGGACUGAAGAUAUAAUUUUCUUGAUUAAAGCUCUGAUACUACUAACGAUCA